UCCUUCGGCUGAAAUCACCGCUGACCUCCAAUCAUAAAGCCCACUGGACACUGCUUCUCAGGCCUCAAUGCCUCGAAGGCUCCUCGUGGAUGCCACUGACCACACACCCCCGAGCUGCUCUCCUGCCUCGACUUCCCCAACAGUGCUGUCUCCUGGUUUUCCUUCUGUCUCUCUAGCUGGCCUUUUCAGUCUCCUCCCUGAGAUCCUCUUCCUCUGUCCACCUCACUGAAAAAUUAGGGUUUUCCAGAGUUCCACGUCUUCUCUGCUGUUCCCUGUCACCACGUUCUCCUUGGGCAAGCUGAUUCUCUUCAAGUCUUCCAAUGCUACUGUGAUGCUGAUGACUGCCCCAGUCUGGCAGGAUGGAAUGGAGGCCCCGCUGGGUGUCUUUCCUGAGGACCAGAUCUGUGUAGCCACGUGCCAACUGGGCAUCUCCUCUUGGCUAUCCCCAAAACUGAAUUCCUUCCCUCAUCCUCCACCCUGCUCUUUCUCUUUUAUUCCCUGUCUUGGUAAAUAUUGUGUCCAACCAACCAGUUGGCCAAAUUAGCCAUUAUGUGAGGCCCAACUCUGACUCACCCCACUGGGGGCUCUCUCUGCUGCCCCUACUUAUCUUUGGUGCUGAUUCUUCUUUACGCCCACACUUGGCCUUCACCAAGCUCGGCUGACUCUACCUUCUUGCUGUCUGUGGAGUUCUUCCUUCAUCUCCGCUGCCAGGACUGCACUCCAGAGCCCAUCGUCCCUGCUGGGGUUUAUGCAGCAGCCUCCCUGCCUACUCUCUUGGCCUUGGCUUGUGGGCCCUCCCACAGCUGCAUUCUGCACACAGUCGCCAGAAUGAACUUCUGAAAAUGCAAAUCUGCUCAGGCCAUCCUCCUGCAUAGAAUUCUUCAAGGUUUCCCCCAUGCCUUCAGGAUAAAGUCCAAACUCCUUAGCAGGGUGUCCAAGGCCCUUCCCAUCCUGUGGUAGCUAUGAGCAUGACAAGCAGGACUCAGACUUGUGUUCCAAUCCUGGCAGCAUUUUUGCUGUGUGACUUUGAGGAAGUUACUUAACCUCUAUGAGCCUCCGUGUUCUUAUGUAUGUAAUGAGGGUAAUGUGACUAUUUCACGGGGUGCCAUGAGGAUAAAAUGAGGUAACGUACAUCUUUGUUUUGUAUCUUUUUAUCUCUAGCAAAAUGCCUUGCUAUUGCAGGCACGCAGCAAACGGGACCACUGUUUCCUCUCCCAGCACACUCCCAAUUCAGCCUCCUGCCUGGUGGCUGUCCCCUGGUGCCCUCUGCCCUGGCCUCUUGAGCUGCUGUCCUCCCCCAAGACCUGUACUCACUUCCUUGUCUCCACCCAGGUCACACUGGGGCAGCCCCUGGGCCCACCCCAUUGACAUCCUCCUCUUUCCUCCACUAACUCUCAUAACUGUUUAGGGUUCUCCGCAGGAAUCGCCUGUUGGAGGUUUCUCCUGAGCUCACCAAGACUGGCCGCUGCUCCUAAAUGCUUCCGGUGCAGCUUCCGCCCUUGUCAAGGCCCUCACCUCGGCGCCCUGCGGUGCCCAUCUCUCUCAGGCGCUCCCUCCUGGGCUGGGAUGCCCUCGAGGGUAGGGACCAUGUCUUACUUAUCUUUAUAUCCCUAGUACCUGGCAAGGAACCUCAGGCACCAACAAACUCAGACACAGAAUUCCACUCAGGCGGUACUGGAAUUCUUGCUCUUAUUGUGUGUUUGUUUGUAAGACUCUCAUUCUUGUUUAUUUUUCUGUUCCUUUUGGGAGUCGGGCGUCAGCCCAUCAGAUUGUAGGCUCCCUGAGGGCGGGGCUCCCUGGCAGAGUGGUGCCCUGUAGAAUUAGCACCCAGGUCACUCCCAUCACAUCCGGCUGACGGCCUGGCCUCUGGGAGAAGGGAAAUGUAAUGGGAGGAGACUGGAUUCUCAUUGCAUCUUGUACACAUCAAACCUAGUGGCCUCGGAGGGUCCUGGGAUGUCUCUGAGUACCGGGGUGGUGGUGGUCAUGAGAAGUGGCGUUGGGGGCCAAGGGACAGAAGAAAUUUGAGAGAGGAGAUGCAGAGCAAGGUCCUGGAAGACAUGCAUGCUUUCUUAUUCUUAUUCUGGUUGGCUGGGAGAAUUGCCGACAUUUGCCCCAGGGACUGUCAGGCAAGGACUGACCUUGGCCACCAAACUGGUUUUAGCUUUUGUUUUAAAAUCAGUUCGUCAGCGCCUGUGAAUGUCACUUUCCAUCAGUUCAAGAGCGAACCUGCCUGCUUUCAGUUAGAGGGACCCCCGGGGGGUUCUUCUACCUAAUGACCUGGGUUGAGCUUUCUUGCCAGCUGUCCACCCCAUAGGGUCCUUACGUCUGAGGAGUGCCGCCACCGUCUCCUGAGUCUUCAGACAUUGCUGGGGUAGUCAUUGCUCUUGGUCUCUAACAGAAGUAGAGACAGAUUGCAAGCAAGCUGCAGACAUGUUUCCACCGCCGACCCCCAUUCGUUGUCCUGCAAAAGCCCAAGUGGCGGCUGUUCCUCCUUGCCCCGCUGAUGAAGACAGCUUGCCUUCCUCCCAGGUCCCAGCAGCUGGCGUCUCGGGCUGCCCUUUCCUGGGGAGGGAGAGGUGCUGGCAGCCACUGUGUUCCCUCCCCUCCCAGAACCUGGCGCCCCCAGAACACUCUUGUUAUUGAUGCUCUCUCGCUUCCACGUCCUGUGGGUGUACGAUGUGUGUAGAGGAAAGGGGCUGAAGGGGAACACAUUUUGUGCCUCAGGAGAACUUUUCUGCCUUACAAAGGAUCUUAGUUACCUUUUCAAUGUCAGAGCCUUUAAAGUCGGGCUUCUGAUAAUUUGCUAAGGAGUGGGCUUGGGCUGGGUGCUCAGCAGAGCUUUAGGAGUCAUAUGCUUUGUUUAGUAAGAAUCUAGGCAUCUUUAUAGAGGGAAGACCUCAUUUAGCUAAGUGGUCCUAAGACCGAGUUUGAUAAAGGCUCCUUUAUCCUCCCUCCCAGUACUGUGAGCUUGCAGAGCAGAGGCUCAAAAGGCUUUCUGGCCCUAAGGGAGCCCAGCAAGUCGCACGUAGGGAGCUUGAGCUAGCAGUGGGAGUGGCUUAGGUUAGACACACAUCAGCACUCCUUGCUGAGGAGUCAGGGUGUUUGGAAAUGAGGGAGGCCGUAGCUGUUUCUCCAGAGGCCUUUUGAAAAGGCUGAGCUCUCAUCUAUGGGGAGUGGCAGGAAUGUGGGCCUGUUGGGCGAUGGGGGACGAAGCCCGCUGGUCUCAGGGAGACCAUUUCUUCAAGUCUGGCUCUCGGUUUGAGUUAGGUUUUGCUGUUGGCAGGUAUAUAAACAGCAAACCAGGGAAGUGCCUGUGAGUUGGUCUGCAUAUAUAUGGAAGGUCGCUGGCCCUGGAGGCUGUUAGACUAAAGCUCCACCGUGUCUGUUAGCACACACGUGUUCUCUCUUCCUCUCCCAUCUCUCUCUGGGAUGAGGAGCUUUCUCAGUGUUGUGCAGGGAGGUCAUGAGAUGGGGCAGACCCAAUGUGUCCCUGCAGAAAAGCUCUCGCAGGCAGAGUCCUCUCCAGCCAGGCUGAGUGGAUGGUGAGCUGAGGGCUGCCUCCCCGGAGCACAGACAGCAACCUCUCAGACUCUCCUUCCCGCCCGACAAAGGGUCUGCAGCUGUGACAGCUUCCGGGCGUGAGCAUCCAAGCAUGCAGCAGGACUGUGAGCUGGAGAGGGUCCACACUUCAAGUCUGUCUGCUUGGCGGAUGGUGGAGGGAGGAGGUGUCUUAAGAGCUGGCCCACAAGGCCCACCGAGGUCUUGGAGAAAUCAGGCAGCAUUUUUAAGAGAAUCAGCAUCCUGUAUUUUUUUCCUUUUUCAGAAGCUUAUAUUUGUAGGGUCAGCCUGGAAUGUAACUGACUAUAGGUGAGAAGAAACUUUUCUUAUGGUCCUGCUGGAAGUGAAGAGGAAGCUACGGGACGGGUGGUAAUGAAGACUGGGGCUGCAGUGGUUUAUUUACAAAGCUUCCUUGUUGUUCAAAAAUUAUUUUAAAAAAUCCGCUUCCUAAUCUUCCUUCAGAACAAUGAAAGGCAGUAAGCCUAGAAAUAAAAGUUAGAGGCAGGGAUCAGAACUGAGAUGCGUUUGUUCAUUCAUUCGUUCAACUAGUGUGUAUCAGCACCUUCUGCGUGCUCAGCACUGGUCUGGGCAUAGAGCAGGAAACAAAAUAGAAUAUGUGACCCUGUCCUCUGGGAGCUUACAGGUGAGCGACCAAGAGGCGUGGCCAGGUGGUGGCUGAGCACCUGAGCCACAUGGAGGGGGGAGGCGGUCAAGAGCUUUCUUCAUGCAUUUGAUUUGACAUGGAGUGCCCCACAUGCCUGCAUUUUCUUCAGUGGAUAUUCUUCAAGUUCUGAAACAUUUUAUUUAAACACUUUUGACGGAGAUCUUGAAAGACUACCCUCCUCCGUUUUAGAAAACAGAAUCCACAGCACACAAUUUCCUCUUUUUCAAUGGUGUGGUCCUAACUUGACCUCUCCUGGGAUGCCCCCACCUUGUCUGGUUGUUGGUGCUUCUCUCUUCCUGACCACUGGCAGUCAUUUCUCAUGGUGUCAAGUCCUAGCUGUUCUCGCUGCUACUGUACUCUAAUUGGCUGUGACCGUUAAGAACUGAACAUGGACUCCAGGAACAGGAGAAGUAUUUUUGUCCAAUGAGCAAGCUUACCUUGUAUUCAACUUCAGGGUAAUAAGCUUUGCCUUGGUGGUUGGAGUGCUGCAUGGACAAUGUCAUAACUGUUCUCCCUACUUUUCUGAGAGUGAUUUCCUUCCCUUAAGCUGUGUUCUGCAUAAUCACAGUUGUUGGAUGUAACUUUUGGCUAAAGUAGGACACAAUUCUACAAGAUGAGGUGUCAGAGUGACGCUGUCUAUAAUGCUGCUGAGAGUUUAAAGGGAAAGAAGAUUCCUCAUGGGCUGGGGGGCCCCAGGAGAGCUUUCAUGGGAAUGGGAGUUAGCUAGACCCUGAGCACAGGACAGGGUGGGUCUUGGAGAGUUGAGGGGCCACACUGAGAAGGGGUAGACUGAACUCUCCAAUGGAGUUGGAAUCUUCCUUAUAUGAGGAUCAAACCCUGUGAGAUUGUAUGUGAUGCCACACCGUCCACCUUGCCAGCCCAUGCAGGGACUUGCUCCACAGAGCCUCGGCUCGGCCCCUCCAUGUCUGCGGGAAGCCACAGCGCCUUUGCUGGCUGUGACUGCUUCCCAGAUUGUGAGUGUGAAUUGCAGGACAGAAACUUGUAGCCUGGCAGAAAUUUCACUCAGAUGACAUAAAAUGAGACUAUCACUGAGCAUCUUUGUGUAGUUCAAAGGCAGCGGAGGAAGAGGAUUAGUUUCAUCUCCUUCAUGUGCUGUCAAAGACCCAUCCCCUUCUCUGGAAUCCAAAUUUUCCUAGUACUUCAGGAGAGUUACAAAGUUGUACUUGAAAGCAGGAGCCACCAAUGGGUAUUAGGUCCUGUGGGCAUCUGUUAUUAAUGAAAAACAUUAGUCUUUUUUCAAUUUACCAAUCUUUGGAAAAUCUGGGACAAUAGGGAAAGGCAUGGGCAGCUAUGCAAUUGGAGCCUGACUAAGAUCCUACUCUCUGAUGCCAAGUUCUGCAUCUGCUUAAAAUGGAGGGGAGGGGCAUGUUGAAAUCAGUCACUAAGCCAUGAAUCAACAAUUAUUUUUCAAUGUAGAAGAUUUUUAAAUAAAAUUUACAGCAAGGCGUUAGAAUCCAUUCAUUCAUUCAACAACUCUUUAUUGAGAAUAUAUCUUGUCUUUUGGUUCAAGAUGAGAGAUUAAGUAGAAUUGACAAUAUCACCCUUCCAUCCAAAAUUCCAAGAAAUGACAGAAUAUAUACUUUGAAAAAUAUAAGCAGUGCUAGGAAACAAGGAAAGAUGUCCUUGGUGCAUUAGAAACUGAGGAAUCCAUGAAGGAUGGAAAGUAGUCAAGAUCAGAUUGAUGAAGGAAGCCACAGCUCCAAAUAUCCUGAUAGAAGGAUUGCUAAAAAUGUGUCCCAGGCCUGGAAGUGGCAGAUAUGGGGCAGAAGGAAGCCCAGAAUACAUGACAGGGGAAGUAGUUGGGGUUAGCAGCAAGGUCAGGCAGGCAGGUGAAUCCUUCCAUACCUCUGCAUUUGGCCCCUCAGGGCAGGCAGUGGGCCCUGGAGAGGGUCUGGAUGCUUGGGUCAGGGAGGCAGAGUGGUACUCCAGGUGGCUGACACAACCCAGGAGGAAGAUUCCCUCUUCUAUACUCUCUACUGGCUCAUUCUACCAACAGCAGUCACCUUCCUUUGCUUAUGCUGGACAGGCUGAAGUAAAACCUGCCCCACAGUACGUCUCACUCUUUCCCUCUGUUGACCAGGUUGACAUGGACUUUCUGAUACAAAAAUGAGCAUGUAACCAAGAUUCACCAAAAAUGUGUGGAAAACUAAUACUGUGCAAAAGGUACUGAGUGCAGUAAACAAGAGUUUAUAUGCAAACAAAUGUUAAUAGUAUAAACAGAAUAAGACUUUUCUGGAGCCUUUGGGAUAAGGAUAGCUAUUGGAUUUGUAAAAAAUCAGCCAGAGACCUUGGAAACUUAAAAUGUUCACAACAGAAUUUAAAAACUGAAAAAUGGGCUGGACCAGCAGAGUGGACAUAACUGAGGAGUAAAUUAGAUAUGUCCUCAGAUGAAACUGAGGAAUUCUCUUAUGUCACCUAAAAGGAUCAUGAGAUGGAAAUAGAGAAAGAGAAGUUGAGAUAUGGAGAACAUAUUCAGAUAUGUUGGCAUCUGUCUAUAAGAAAUUUCAGGAGGAUAGAAUGGAUGGAAAGGAGAGAAGAAAAUAGAAAAGAAAUAAUACAAGAAAAUUUACAAGAAGAUAGAAAAGAAACAACAUAUGGCAAAAAUCCAAGUUUAAAUAGGAUGACCAAGUGUCAAGUAGGAUGAAUGAGAAAAGACCCAUAACUAGAUACAUCGCAAUAAUAAAGUUAAAGGAACGCUACUAAAAAAGAAAGAAAGGAAAACUUCUCGAGAGAGAGAAAGAUGAUCUAAAAAGGAACAAGAAGGAGAGUGACAACAGACCUCUCGCUGGUAAUACUGGAUGCAAAAAGGCACUGGAACUGUAUGCACACAACUGUGGGGGUGUAGAAGUCUCAAGUGUGCAGGUGGAAAAGAGUCAUUUUGGACAUUAUGGACCCAAAGAGUUUACCGUCCACUGGCUUCCACUAAAAAAAAUUACUAGAGGUCAUAAAAAAGCAAAAUAAAAGAAGUGGGAGUCAAGAACCUACUUUUUGCUAACUGUACAUGCUUCUGUCUUAGAUGGAGCAAGGCAGUCUCAAGUAGUUCACUCCUGGUUGAGGAAGACAUCAUCUCCCUAAGACAACUGGCGAGAUAGAAGCCACUGUGCACACACAAGGUCUCUUAAUCUUGUGCUGUCCUUGCAGGUUCACUGUGUUAAAGUGUGGGGUGGGCCUGAUGUGUUGGCAAUGCUCCCAGCCCUCAUGCUCUCAAUCCUCGCAGUCCUGUCCAAGCCCUCGCUUUCGUCUCUGGAGCCUAAAGUGCUGUGGCUACCUGGCUGGGGUUGCCACCAUCCCAUUAAACGUUUGCUAUCUCUUAAAUUCUCAAAUCCAUCCCAUGAUUGUUCAGAGGGGAUGAAGCUGGGGAAACUCUCUCUCUCCCCGGACUUACGCUCUGGAUUGCAGUAACACACCUCUGUGGCUCUUUCUGAUGGAAAGCAGGACAACGGCAGACUUAGAUCCAGCUCAGAACGUCGGGUGUAUGCCCAGCUGAACAGAGGGCAGCAUGGCCUGGGCCUCUGAGGACUCUGCCCAGUGGCCUGGCAAGUUGCGACGCUGCCAGCUCUGCUGGAUGGAGGGGGAAGACCAAUCAGGAAGAGGCCCUGAGAGCCUUGGGAAGGAAGGAAAUAGAAAUUGUUGUAGGAGGCUCGAGGUGGCAGAAGUCCAGGCAAACCCAGAAAGUGCUGCUUUGGGAACCCUCCCGGUGGGUGUGAGAGGAGCCGUGAAGGGUUGCCCUGCAGGGCCCCAGAGCCCGAGGCAGGCACGUCAGGCUCUGACGGGGAAGUGGUCCAGAUCCUCUGGCAGGCCUCGCCAUGGAGGAAGGUUCGGAAGCUCCUUAAAAAUUCACAUGUUAUUAAAGUAAUUUUUUCCCCUCAAAUGUCCUUCCUCUGCAUAAUCAUGUUUGAGAAAGCCAAGUGGGGCUAAUGUUCCAGGCAUGAGUUUGUGCCUCCCUGGAGGCCUCUCCCGGUCAGGGUCUGACCUGGUCCUCUGUGGAGGGGAGUCUUUCUUGAUUCUUCACCUGGAUGGGCCUUGAUCUAUAGCUCCUCCCCAGCUCCCAGAAAAGCCCCAGGAACUUGGCUAAUAUUUUUUUAGUUCUUUUAUUAUAUUCAUAGACUGAGCAUUCUGGUAGGGGCCCUCAAAGUCAUAUGUCCUGCCUCCUGGCUCUAAGCAGGACUGAAUUUAAAUAAUUUUCUUCAGAUAACUGUCUUCUUUGCUUUUUUUUCCUUAAUAUCCCCAAAGAAGCAGCUACUGUAGCAUCUCUUGGGAAGGCUUUCCUGCAUUUCUCUUGCUGUUGGCCAAGAAAGUUUAGGUCACUCUCCUGCAGAGCCACUGGACCUAGAGAAAAGACCAGCCUGAGAAUUCUCCCCACUGCCCCAGCCAGCGUUGAGUGCACGUGGCCUUGUGUCAUCUUUGCCCAGGAAUAAGAGGGCCUCUUGAAGCUGUUGUACAGAGUUUUUAUAUGUUACGUGUUAGCGUCGGGUUUAAUCCUCAGAUCUUUGAUUCCUGUUUCAGGCACUAUCUAGCCAUUUGAAAGCAUUGGAGCAGAACUAGAGGCAGCUCUGGUGGCAGGAGGAGAGGGCAGCGAGUGUGAAGAGGAAGUUGAGGGGGGAACAGGGAGUCGUUUAUGGCCAUCUGCCUUGCAAAUAACUGGAAGUACUAGUCCACAGAUGCAUCUCACCGGUACGCCCCUUCCAUGUGCAUGGAUAGUGGGAAAACCCUGGCCAGCAUAUUUCUCCAUAAAUUCCCAGCCAGAGAGACCUUCUCUGCAAGCCUUGUUUGAAUGCAAUAUUUUAAAACUGAUGAUGCCUACCAGGAGACCACGAGCAUGUGAGCUCCUCAAGAGAAGGAGGUGAUAUUUACAGCUUGUCCUCUUUUUUUAAAGAGAAACCACUUUGAGGAUAAGAAGGGUUGGGCGUUCUUGAGGCUCAAGCGCCUGAGCCCUCAGAACACAAGCUUUCCCAACACUUUUUCCUUCUUCUCCUGUGUGUUCAGAGAGCUGGGGACAGUGUCCCUACUCUGAAUGCCAGCUGCAGGGCUCACCAUAACAGAAUGGAAGAGUUGAAAGGGAUCCACAAAUUCAGCUUGUUCAGACUUCUCACAUUCCAGAGGAGGAGAUGAAAACCAGAACUACAAAGGGCUCUGGGGGCAGGGACAGGCCUUAGCCACCCUCUGCCGUUUUCAGGGCUCUUUGUCUUGACACCUCCUACCCCAUGGCCUUCAGCAGCUCACGAUAGAGCUGGGACUAGUAUUUGAGUCUCUUGAUUCCAGCUCGGUGCUUUUAUUCUUUUUUUUAACCCCUGGAGCUCCAUGCUUUCUCUGCAGCCUGUAGGCCAGGACACAACUUAGUGGCAGGCAGAAGAAUGAAACACCAGUGUAACAAUUUUAAAGAGGACAGGAUGAACCUCCAUCCCAAAAUCAUGCUCCCACCAGUCUGUCACUGAUGCUUGACCUUCCACCAUUAGAGAUUCAUUCUUUUGCAAUUUGGAGGUGAGGCAGUCUUCCAGAGUCUCCUCUUGAAAUGCAAACCCCUCUGGGAAGGCUAUCGAUAGCUGAUAGCUAAUAGACUACAAGGGUUGUUUCUCUAAGAGAGAUGAUAUCUGAUGGUGGUGGUGGUGGUGAUAUGGAGGGGAAGCCAGGGCAGAGGGAUUUUGGAACUCGUUGAAGUAGGAAGACAGAGUUGGGACUGGUAUGAGAAUAGGUCCACCCUAGUGUAGAUAUCCCAUAAAUGCUACUACCUACAUGCCCAACUAAAUAUAUGACAGAACAUGACCCAGAGGCAUUGGUGGGAAAUUCCCUUCACAAGGCGUGAGCAAAUGUUUAGAACCCCAAAUGUUUGGAACCCCAAAGGGAAAGACAGAGAUGCCCACACCCAUCUGCCAUCAGAGGACACCGAGACCAAUGCUGUCUAUGUAUUGGGCAUCAAGACUCGAUUGGAGAUAGGUACCCUCCACUCCCCCAAGGCUUCAUUUGCAUGAAUUGAACUGCGUGAGCACUUCAUCUAUGGCUAAGGAAAGGAGGCAUUGAUAUUACUAUUUUGUGAAUGGGAGGCAGGGGAAGAAGAGACAGAGGCGACGGAGGGGAUGGUGCAAGAUCUUUAUUCUACCCUGGCACUGGGCUUUGUGCCCUUGCAGAGGAAGGGAAGGGUUCGGGCCAGAAACAGAAAGGGCUGUUUCUCCAAGAGGAUUGAUGAGGCUCAAAGCACAAGGAGUGCACUUGGAGCCUCGUCAGAUCUGCUCCUGCUUCUGCAUAAUGUCUGGAAGUUGCUGGAUGUGCUGGGAGACAGCAGCCCUGGCACAACCAUCAGCAUCUUCAUGAGGGACAUAGUCAACAUGGGCAACAACAAGCCUCCUGAAAGCAACCUCAAGGUUAUUGGACAUUGACUAAGGGAGCCAAAGAUGAUGAAGACUCAAUGUGAGUACAUAUGACGUGGUCCUACAGGGUCUCCCAGAAGCCCUUGGCAGGGCCUUUUCAGGAGGAGGAGCUGGUAAAGGAUUUCCUGUCACAAGAGAGGUCGAGAAGAGGAACUUUGGGCAAUUAGUGCCUGGUUAUCCUGGAGUUCCUCUUACGUCAUUCAAACCCUGCCUGAGAUGCCAACAGGCAAAAAUGAACUGUGAUCCCAGAGCCAGGGAAGGGAGCCCUUGGCCCUGCUUGGAGAAAGUCUGGUGGCUCCCUGCUCCACCUCCCUCCUUCUCACCCACUCAGAUUUAGGCUAUGAUUCUUGGGAAGUUUGUUCCAAACUCAGCCUGGGAGUCGACAGCAACAAGAGUAGUUUCAGGGACUCCAUUAUCCAACCAGGAGAAGGAAGGAGAAGUCCAACCUUGUCUUAACUAACUUGAGAUAAAAUGAAGCAGAAGGAAAGGACAAGAUUUGCUCAGAGCCUCCCAGCCUGAAAGCAUGAUCUGAACCUUCCAGGUCCUGGUUUAUGGACCAGGAGGAAAAGAUACAGACAUAGAUUUGUUUAAAAAAGAAAAGAAAAUGCCAUCUUUGCAGGCUGGAAAGAAGGCAGGGCAUAUAUGCACAGCUGCUCUCAUACCCUUCUCCCCUUCCUCCUUUAUCCACCUGCCAGAUGCUGGAUCUUUCCUUCUUUCCUCCCUUCCUUCCUUCCUCCCUCCCGUCCUUCUUUCCUUCCUUCCUUCCUGUGGUUAAUCCCACAUUUGCUCAGGACGGAUUAACUAAGUCCUACUGUAGCUGUAUGGCAGAUUUGGCCACUGCAUAAACUGAGUUUUCCAGAAGUUACCAAAAAAAGCAGUGUCCUCCGUAUCUGCAAAUAUGGUGUGCAGCCCAGAGCGACACCACUUAGAGCAGUUACUAAGCAGAUGUGACAGAGAGCUGCAGCAAGAAGACAGGUUGAUAGGUGCCGGUUAGAUGGACUUGCCCUGUCUAGAGCCAUUGCCAGCUUGACAGAUCCUCUGGCCUCUGGGAUGGGGCGUGCGUUCUGCGCUUGUCCUCAUGCCCGAGUCUGACACAGCAGCAGGUGCAGCUUUCCUGAGUUAAGUCGGUCACAUCCAGGCAAACGCCACCUGCCAUCACACCCGUUUAUUGAGGUCUACAACGAACCUGCUUCUGGGUCAGGCACUUUGCAACGACCCUGAGCAGUAGAUUUUACCAGGCCUACCUCUUUUUGCAGGUGGGAAAUUUGGGGCUCAGAGAAGUGAAGCGAUGUGCCUGAAGUCACCGAGCUAAAAUGUCAUAAUCUGGAUCUAAAAGCAGGUGAAUUAGCCACAAAGGGAGCUGCUCCUGGUAAGAGGAGGACUCCGCUGCCUUCUCCAGCAACCCAGCUGGCUGCUUUCUGGACCACCAUCCACGGCCAUCAUUGUGUACUGUGGGACAGCACGUUAAUUUAAAUAUGUUUUGAAGCCAAGAAUCAUUAGACAGGUAGAAAUUCGAUUUGCAAGUAUCUGGAUACAUAAAAUGAGUCAAAGAGAAGCGACUUUUGGGUAAUCUGGUCAUUUGCAUUAUUCAUGCGUUGACAUGGAUCAUUGAGAGCUGAUGGGUUAUGCUGACUACAGCCAAGUGACCUGCAUUGUCAAGAAAUUCAUUGGCUCCCUCACUGACCUCUGGCCCCUGACAAGCGUCGGGAAAUCAAGUAAUGACUAUUCACAGUGGCUGCUGCCUUUGAGGCUGCUAGAGUCCAACAGGACUCUUUAAAGACAAUGGAACUCCUUUUGACCUCUGGAAAGCCCUCCCUUGGCCCGGAGCUGGAGUGAAGGUUGUAAUGCACCUUACCUAUGGGCCUCCCUUGCAAAUCUCUGACCUGGCAGGAGGGUAACUUCCCAUUCAGUCUCUGUCACCAGUGGAGGGAGAGUGCUUCUCCCAGGCCUCGUUUUGGCCAUCAGAGUGGAAGUUUGGUUUGAGAUGCACAUGACAGCUGUGGUUGGGGGUGAUUAGAAUCAUAAUUCACACUGUGCAUAAAAUGACAAAGAAGAAUGGGCAUGGAGGGCGCUCAUCUCAUGCAAAGCCCUUCUUUCAAAGAAAAGGAAACCAGCCCAGAGAGGUCAAGUGACUUUCUCAAGGCUACCCAACUCUUAAUGACAGAGCUGGGCUGGGGCACAGGCCCAUGAACCCCGGCAGGGAUGCUCUUCCUCACCUCAUGCGACGUCUCUAUCUCAUAUGGGUGGACGUGGUCUUCAAGGAACAGAUGUGGGAAGGAAACUCACUUUCAUUGGAGCGCCAGUUCCUAGGAACCAUGUUAGACCCUUCCUCCACGUUGGCUCUUUUAUUCUCAAGCCCCUCCAUUUUUAUGCAGAUGGUGAGGUCAUCUUGCUGACUCUCCUGCUCCCAGGCUUUGCCAAAUGUCUCCUCCCUCUCCCGGCUUCCUCCCCUGGCUUCUUUCACACUUUGAAACACUCGAAUGACCGCAGCACUCUUGGUAACAUCAAAUUCAUGCCCUGCUGCCCAGCAGUCGGAAGUGCUCUGGUUUCCCUCCAGGAAAAAUAGCCCACAUCCCAGCAUCUCUCAUGAGCCCUUUUGCAGGCCUCAUAAAGCCCUUGGUGUGGAAACACCUUUGAAACAAGGAUUGUGUUUUAUUUCAUGGAUCCUCCUCCUCCAGUGCCUACGCCAGGGCUUGGAAUGCAGUGGACGGUUUUGCAUCUGACGCUGGAGCAGGGAAGCAGACAGAGGUCAGGUUUUGCCUUCCAAGGGUUCAGGCUACAAUCUGAGAAAUCAAAUUUUUGUCAGGAUCCUGCAAUAUAUAUUAAAAUGAUACCACUUUUGGGAAACUAUCAUUGGAAAUAAAAGCUCCUGCUCGUAAGGGUAUACUGUAAAAGAACAUUUAUUGCAAUAUUGCUUAGAGGGACAGGAAAGUUGAAACAACUUGAAAGUCCAUCAAUAGGGUGCUGGUUUAAAAAAGUAUGGUUUAGCCAUACAGUGAAACAUUAUUCAACUUUUAAAAAUAAAGACUUAGACUUACAUGUAAUAAUCUGAAAAGAAGUCUUAUAAUACACUGUUUAAUGACAAAAGCAAGUUGCUGAGUAAUGUAUAUAAUAAGAUUCCACUUCUAUACAACAUAUACCAAUGGUGCACACGUACAGGUGUGUUAAAUACAUACAUUUGUGUGAGCGAAAAAAUGGACGACACAGAGUAAAAUGUUAAUAUUACCCUAGGGGGUGAAGUUUUAGAUUAAAAAAAAAACUAACAGAGCUGAAAGCUUUUAAAAACCCUCUGGGAAGAGAAGAAAGAGAUCAAGGUGGUUAAAUGGUCCGGAAAGUAAACAGAUGGAAUCAAGCACUGCUUUGUUCAGCCACCUCGGCUCAUUGUGAACUUUCAGGCAGGGCUGCCCCUGAAUCAGCAGAGACCAGCCCUGCACUAGGGCAGAUCAUAAUGUGCAAAGCCCCAAGUGACCUGCAUACAUAAUACAUUUGGGAGGCCAAGGCUGCACAACUUCUCAUCUAUGAAAGUUUGGGAGGCACAUAAGAACUUUGUGUCUUGAUAAAGCAUGUGUCCCCAGCCUUGCUUGAUUGGAGGCUGCCUUGCUUCCAGUGCAGGCCCUGCCCAUAUUAACAGAUACUUUUGCAAGGCCUACCUGACCGUCAAGUGUUGAUUAUAGCUGUAUUUAACCUAUAAGAGCCAAUCCGUCUGACCCCUGAUAGUACCUGAAUCCAUAAGCAACUCUCCCUGGAAGAUGCAUCGUCAGGGUAGGGAUGUGCUUCUUCAUUGUUUAGUCCAGAAUGCCUAGCACAGUGCUUGGCUCAUGGUAGUUGCUGUAUAAGGGCUAAUGGAAGAAAGUGUGUAUUGAAUUAUCGCACCAGAUAGACUGAAUUGAUUUCUAGCUGGCUUUGGAGGACUCAGGAGAGAUUUUCCAGAAAAGCGUGAACCUUUAUGAAAGAUUUGAAAAGAAGGAAAGUGGUGGAGUAACUUCCACCCAGAAGAAAAAGCUAAUUUCCGUUGUCACAGCAUUUUAGCAAGAAUGUUUUAGUAUCUUUAGGGCUCUGCUACCAUAUCACCUCUUCCCCCUUCUCCAAAGAAGUUUGGGUUCCACCACAGGCCGUUGAGAAAAGGUUUAGAUGUCUUUUGGGUCCUUCUCACCCUGAGAGAAAGAUAGGUAACAAUAGUCUAGUAUUCCACUUUUUGGAGGUAUAAAAGAGUAAAGAUUAAGACAUUAACGCAGAACUACUGAGAAAAUGCCUCCUAAAUAUUGUUAGAAUAAACAAUCAUACCAAACAGGAUCAUAUCCAGCACAAAACCAAAACGAAUUGAUUUAAUCAGACGUUAUCAGAACAAGGAAGAAAUAGUAUUCCGGUUUUAAUGGCAAAAAGCCCCAUAAAACUCAAAUUACUUUGCAGGCACUGGUGGCACUCUUGCAAGUUGUUCUUUGGAAUAUAGUUUAAGAAAUAACGGGCCUUGACUUAGGGAGAAUUAGGACUGCAGAGGCUUUUGUGCGGGAGAAGCACCCAGGUGUGGGGCUGCCUGGAGGCUUAGCCAGGUAGCUGACUGCUGCAGCCUUGGCUUGGCUCCCAUUUGGCCCAGAAAACACUAAGAACGCUGCCGGGUUAGCUGCCACGAGGUGAUGAUGGAUAACGGCUGUGGCCUGAUUCUUGAGGAGCCAUGGAUUCACUGCAGCGUGUCUCAGCCAUAUGUGAGCCCUGGCCACGUGUGAUGUUCCCCUAGGAGGAGGAGGAGAGAUGCCACAUGACAUGUCUUAUGCAUCUCCUUUUAUUGCAGCAACCACGUCUGAACAAGUCAGAGUCUAUGCUUUCAGACAGUAUGGUCUGCAGGUUAGAGAAACUGCAUCCUGAUUCCUGGGCACCGAGUUUCAGGAGGCAGCAAAGGAAGUGUUGGUUGACUUCUGAAGCUAAACUAUCACACAGAGUCUUCCCCUUCUGGAGGGCUCAGAGGUGAAAUAGGAGACAAUUAUAGAGUUGCAGCACGGGGUGGAUGGAACCUUGGAGACCUUGCUCAACUUUCUAGGGUUGGCAGCUCUGCUGCAACAGCUAUGCCAAGCAACUAGUCUAAAUGAACCCUCCAGCAACAGGAAACUCACUUUCUCUGUGGCAUCCCAUAAAGCUGGAUAACUUUUCCUCCCCAAGAGUCUCAUUUCAACCUCUGCAUGCUAGCUCAACCAUCGCCCAAAUUCACUCUCUCCAGAACCUCUUGACUCUCGUGAACCUCCAUGUUAGAGAUAGACCUUUCUAUAAUGUGGGGUUCUUCUAGUUUUGGGAGGCCCUUCCUAUAACUUAAGGACCUUCUUUCUCUGAAGGUCUUUUUUAUCUCCUCCAUAUAUCCUUUUCUCCAAUUGUCCUCAACCAUGACUUCCCAUUAGAAUCACCCGGGACUUAACCGAAUCCUGAUGCCUAGCCAUCACUCAAUCAUCCUCUCGGGGGUGGAACCAAAGCGCUGCUAUUUUUAAAGCUCCCCAGAUGAUUCCACUGCGCAGCCAAGGUUGAGAAUCACUGUCUUGUUCCAAGACCCUGGGAAAUCUCUUGAAGGUCAUGCUAUGGAAUAAGGUUCCAAUCCUGACUCCAGCACUUGGGCAGUUCUCUGUGUUUUUGUGUCCCCAUGUGACAUGUGGGGACAAUGACAGUACCUACCUCAAAAAGUUGUUGAAAUAACUGAACUAAGUCUAGGAGAGUCUCUGGCAUGUAAGUGCUCCAGAAAGUGUAACUCAGAGCCUAAGACGGGCUAGCAAGUGGUAACACAACGUUUGUGCUCUUACCACGAGCUUGGCAUUGUUCUAAGCACUUUACACGUACUAUUCAAUACAUUUUCUUGCGCUGAAGAUCUAGUGUAAGAAAAAUGACAUAAGCAAAACGUGUCUUCAGGACCUCUUUACCUGAAGACAUUUUGUCCCAAAUGACCCAUUUAAUUCAUGCCCUAGUGAACUCCCUGUGCCCCUUGUCAUUUUGUAUGUCUUCUUGCCUUCCAUUCAAAUCCCUUCCAAAGCUCUGCUACAAAAGUUCCUUACAUUUCAAAGCUUUCGGGCUGACUAAAUUAAGAGCUCCUCAUUGGUCAGCCCAAUAUCUUUUAAUGGGCUAGGCAUAUAAGAGAAGCCCAGUGAGUUCUUUGUGGACUGACUAAAUUAAUUGACCUUGUAAAAGACUAAGCUAAAACCUAUUUAUGCAAAAGAGAUGGAAAAAGACCGAAUUCCUGUGAAUGGUGGGGAUGGUGAGAAAAUAGUACUAUUAAAUGCCUACUAUGUGCUAGGCACUUUUCAUGUAUCGUAAAUUUUCACAACCAAGGAGAUGGGUGUUCAGGUAAGGUGAUACUGUGUAACAAAUCACCCCAAAACUUAGUCUCUUAAAGUAGCAAUUAUUUUGCUUGUGAAUUUGUAAUAAAGUGGGAGCAUGACAGGGACAACUUCUCUCUGCUCCAACAUAGCUCAGCAGAGGACUUUUAAAACAGCUCAUUCAUGUCCUCCAGCCCUUAUGGAACCAUGCUGGUGGCUUGAGCUCCUCACAGCCCCAGGAUGGCUCUAAUUUUGAUGGGCCGGAGUAGAAAACUCUUGCCAUGAGAAUGCAGCUCUCCAUCUCAGCCUCUCUGCUCCCCAUUCCGAGGGGAUCCGUGUCUGUGCUUGGGGAGAAGCCAAGCCAAGCAAAAGAUUUCAACAGAGAACGGAGGAAACACACCCACUGAGGUUCUCAUAGCAACAUAAUCACGCACAGGCAGCAGCCUAUUUCGGUGGGAGCUUGUCUCAGCUCCCCUCCUCCCUGGUUAGUCACAGAAUGGAUGUACUGCACAGGCAGAAGCAGUGUGCAGUGGGGUGGGGGAGAGUGCUGGACUGAAAGGAGGCUGGGGAGCCACUCUCAGAUGCUCCCUCAGCUGGCUGAAGGAUCAUGGACAAAUGUCCUCCUUUCUCUGAUCUCAGGGUCCUUAUUCGUAAAAUGAGAGAUUGGACCAAAGAGCUCUGAGAUCUUUUCCUUUCUGAUUUUCUUUGACUGUGCAAGUACAGAGACUGUUUUGGUAGGGGCUCAGAUGUUUCAGAAUCUUUUGUCUCUGAGAAAGAUGCUUAGAGAAAAUGGGGUUCAAGAGGGUAACAGGCCUUCAGAUUCAUCUCAUUUAUCCCCAUACCACUUUCUGCACGUUGGCAGGAUGUGAAGGGGAAGGAAAAUGGUGUUGGCAAAGACUCAGCUCACUUACCCCCAACACUAAUCCAGGUCUGUAGUCUGAGAAAGGAAAAGGUUAAGGUCAUUCUUUCAUUUAGAUUUACUCCUUCCUCAACACACACACAUACACAUGCACACGCACGCACACACACACACACACUCUCGCCCAUUAACGCAAGCCUCUUGCCCAUCCUCUUUUCACUCUUCUUACUCUCCUUCCCCCCUCUCCUCUCCCUCCUCCACUGAUUGCAAUAUAUCCUCUCUUUCCCCUAGGACCAGGUGAUGGAGGCAUUUUUAGAUUCUGGCCCAUUUCUUCAAUGGACUCUGGGGUUAGUUGAGGACAUUCAGGCUCACAGUUCUUGGCUGUCAAAGGUGAUGUUAAAAAACGAACAGGGCAUGCAUGCAGGACUGAGCUCCCUAGGUAAGUACAGGGAUGCAGUGAAGAGAGCCAGGAUGCUCUAGGAGCAUCUUUUAGGUCCCCUCCUUGACUUGUGGGCUGAAGGCUUGAAAGUGCAGAGCUGUCUUUGAAGGAGGCAGACUGAGUGGCCAGUUGUAAUGGGAGAGACAGAGUGGGGUCCCCCCACCCUUGUUCUAUCUCCCAGCAGCCUGACAGAUGGCCAGUAAGACAGAGAUAAAGAAGCUCUCAAAGUGAAGACAGGAAUGCAUUGUAUAAAAAUUCACACCCUCUGCUGCCGCCCAAACUCCCUUAAAAAAGGAUCGAGAGAAUCCUAAUGGGUACGUGACAUCCUCCCCCUCUCCCAUAAAAGGGACUUCAAAAUCUGGUGGUGAUGGGGGAGGGGUGAGGAGGGAGAAGAGAAAUGUGUGGGCAGGGGGCUGCCAGGAAGACUGGGACAGGGGAGCAGGCUGCAAGCUCAUCCGUUUGACUUUCUCCCACCUCUUUCCCAAGCCACCUCUGCUUGAACCUUAGCCCCACCCUCUCAGCCUGAGAGAGGCCCGGAUAGGGGGAGUAGGAGAAAAGAAGCGAGAAUGCUAUCGCACUAAGCCCUAGAAUUGAAGGAGUUAAGGACCCUCCCUCAUCCAGACGCCCACCCAUUCACUACCCAAACCCCAAACCGUAAUUCGCCAAGGAAGGAUCCAGGAAUUGGCAGAGGAGCAGGAGAGUUGGGGGUGGGGUGGGGGCGAGGUAACCGUGCCCAAUCUUGCCCAGCGCUUGUCCUGUUGUGGGGCGGUGGGGGUGGGGGGCGCCGCACACCCGGGUCUAAGAACCUGCAAGAGCCCAGCUCCCGCGCCUCCCGCGUGGCCCUGCAGCGUCCGCGCAGCCCUUGCCCGCGCGCAAGUUGUCCACGGCGCCCAAGCGUGGAGAGAGUGGAGGCGGCCGAGAGACCCUCGGAGCCUGGGGGAGGGGGCGGGCCCGGGGGUUGCUGGGGGCCCUCGGUCUGCGCCCAGCCGCCGCCUGCUCGGCCGAACCUCCUACCCCGCCCCCACUCACCCGGCUCAGCCCCUAGGAGAGACGCGCAGGAAGCGUGUUGCUUCGCCCAGCCGAACGGCAGAAGUUGAGAGGAGUUGGCGGCUGCCUCCGGCCGGCCGGACUUUGCGAGCAGCCAGGAAGGAGACGCCGCCACCGCCGCCGCGGAGCCUUCGGGGCUGCCUCCCUCCUGCUCAGCCCGCAGCGCGGGUGGAGAGGGGCGGGGAGGGGGUCGGGUGCGCGAGAACUUGAAACUGUGUGAAGGAAUCCGAAGCAGAUGAGAAGGAAGGAAAAUAAAACAAAGUGGAGACUGCAGAAAAGACUCAACCGUGGUCGAUUGUAUCGGCUGACGCUCCAGCGGAGGGGCUGGGUUGGGUUUUUUUUUUCCCUCCCAUUCUCUCUCUUUCUCUCUCUCUUUUAAAGCUACACCGGCUCUCUCUUUCUCUACUAUCUCUGUAUCACCAAACCCUUGCUGGCUCUUAUGGGCAUGAAACACUCCUCCCGCUGCCUGCUCCUAAGGAGGAAAAUGGCGGAGAACGCAGCCGAGAACACCGAGGUGAGCAGUCUCCCCUCGCAGCCCCCGCAGCCCGUUGUCCCACCCAAGCCUGUGCAAUGUGUCCAUCACGUGUCCACUCAACCCAGCUGCCCAGGACGGGGCAAGAUGUCCAAGCUGCUGAACCCGGAGGAGAUGACCUCGAGAGAUUAUUACUUCGACUCCUACGCCCACUUUGGGAUCCACGAGGAGAUGCUGAAGGACGAGGUGCGGACGCUCACUUACCGGAACUCCAUGUACCACAACAAGCACGUGUUCAAGGACAAAGUGGUGCUGGACGUUGGGAGUGGUACCGGGAUCCUCUCCAUGUUUGCUGCCAAAGCGGGGGCCAAGAAGGUGUUCGGGAUUGAAUGCUCCAGUAUUUCUGACUACUCAGAGAAGAUCGUUAAGGCCAACCACCUGGACAACAUCAUCACCAUAUUUAAAGGUAAAGUGGAAGAGGUGGAGCUGCCUGUGGAGAAGGUAGACAUCAUCAUCAGCGAGUGGAUGGGCUACUGUCUGUUCUAUGAGUCAAUGCUCAACACGGUGAUCUUUGCCAGGGACAAGUGGCUGAAACCUGGAGGGCUUAUGUUUCCAGACCGGGCAGCUUUGUACGUGGUGGCAAUUGAAGACAGACAGUACAAGGACUUCAAAAUCCACUGGUGGGAGAAUGUCUAUGGCUUUGACAUGACCUGCAUCCGGGACGUGGCCAUGAAGGAGCCCCUGGUGGACAUCGUGGAUCCAAAGCAAGUGGUGACCAAUGCCUGUUUAAUAAAGGAGGUGGACAUUUACACGGUGAAGACGGAAGAGCUGUCGUUCACGUCGGCCUUCUGCCUGCAGAUCCAGCGCAAUGACUACAUCCACGCCCUGGUCACCUAUUUUAACAUUGAAUUUACCAAGUGCCACAAGAAAAUGGGGUUUUCCACAGCCCCUGAUGCCCCCUACACCCACUGGAAGCAGACCGUCUUCUACUUGGAAGACUACCUCACUGUCCGGAGAGGGGAAGAAAUCUACGGGACCAUAUCCAUGAAGCCAAAUGCCAAAAAUGUGCGAGACCUCGAUUUCACAGUAGACUUGGAUUUUAAGGGCCAGCUGUGUGAAACAUCUGUAUCUAAUAACUACAAAAUGCGUUAGCACAUGUGGGCAGCUGCAGAGAGCGAGAGAAGGAACUCUCCCCAGAUCUGCGGCGCUGGAGCAGGCGUACUGUUUGCAGGACUACACGCUCAGAAACCAGAGUUUUAAAUUCUGCCUUGAAGAUUGGUGAACUCACCAGGGCUCCCGCGGGCCCUGCCCCUAGACAGAGAGCCCCCAGCUCCCCAGCUCUGCUCUGGGAGCCCUUCACAAAGGCUUUGUUGUCACUGACAAAGAGCCACCUGGAGCACUGCGGCUGGGGCCCCGAGGAUGGAAAAGUGCACACCUAUACCCGUUGUCCUCCUCCACGGUGAUCUCGGAUGCCCCGAGUUUUGCAUGCUGCAGGCAUCUAGGACAGACUGCUUCACUAGAACCUGGAGACGUAGUGUCUUUGAUAGCAUAAGCCAGAUUCCCUGUGUGUGUGCUGGUGUGUGCGUGCGUGCGUGGACAGCAUAGACUUUAGUUUAUUUACCCACAACACCCGUAUAUGCAUGCAUAUACAACCAGGUGGGUACACUUCUGUGUUCAUUCAGGGGUGUGUGUGUGUGUACGUGCGUGUGCGUGUGUGUGUAGAACACAUAUUACUCUCAGAGGAGAUUCUGUUGCUUUCGAAUAGGAAUUUGUUUUGUGAUUAGUUCUCGCCUGCCCCGUUCCUUACAGAUGUUAAGCAGCUAUGAAGCGUUCUCUGUACUAGCUCUGGUCUCCUUUUGACUAGACCGUGGCUCCAAACCCUGAGCAUAGUACCAUGUACCCUGUGGGCGCUCAAUAAAUGCACAUGAGAGCGAAGCGAUGGGAUGGCUGUUUUCCUGGUGCUCUGGAGUGGGAGGGCUGGGGAGGAAGUCGAAGGCCACAAUGGAACAGAGGAUCAAAGAAGCAGCACCUUCGCUGCUCG